CUCUGGUCACAACCCACUAAAUCUGGUCUCCACCUGCAGUUUAAACACCCUGCCUUAGCAGACUGGGCAGGAAAGGGCGUGUGGGGGAGAACUGCAUUUAGAAAAACAAAGCAGGGGGGAGGGGGGGAAAUGGGCAUUUAUUGAAACCUUAAAAUCUGUACCCCCAUAAUAUGCCGAAAAAAAAACAAAGCAAAACCCCCAAACCACUAAUCCUUAAGUCUGUUUGUUCAGCUUCACCUUUCCAGGAAUCAGAUGCCUGUGGCCUCGCUCAGCCCUCGGACGCCGGGAUCAGCCCGGAGGCUAUCAGGAAAAGCCAGCGGGCAGUUCGGCCUCCGCAGCAGGGACGCGAGAGCCACCGGGCGGGGGCUGUGGCGCUCUCUCUCGGGUGGCGAUCCGGCAGGCCGGCCGGCGGCUCCCUGGGUGAGGCCUCCGCGUCUUGGAAACCGUCUGGGCUUCCAAGAACUUCGCUGCAUUCCCGCCCCCCAGAGUUCAGACAAAAAAAGUUCUUGCUAGUCCGCGGGAGCGCGGGCUGGGGCGUCGGCGGCGGCCAUGGUCGGAGCGCUGUGGGUCUCCCGAAGUCACCCUGUCCAUCUCCGGCCCUCCCCCGCGCCGGGGGCUUCCAGCUGGAGCAGGUGGCUCCUGUGUGUUCCUUAGACCCUGCUUUGGAGAGGGUGAGGGCCGCGUAGAAAAGUGACCAGGAAGAGGCUCUUCUGGACCCGCCCCGAGCCACCCCGGCCUUUAAACCCGCCCCUGCCCUGCUGAGCUCCCGCGCUGGUCCAGGAGCUCCGCGCUCCGACCCGAGGCGAGUGCGACCCAUGGCUGCGCUGGCCUGCGCCAGGCUGAGGUGGGCGCUGCUGGGGAUGCGGGCGGCCGGCCGUGGCCUCUGCCCGCGCAGGGCCAGAACCAAGGCCGCUAUCCCUGCCGCCCUGCCCGCAGAUCAGGCAGCCGAGGCUCCCGUAGCCAGGCCUGGCGGCAGGCGGCGACUCCGAAGCCCAGAGGAGCUUCCAAGUGUUGGGCAGCUGCGCUUCUUGUUUCAGCUGUUUGUGCAAGGCUACGCUCUGCGCCUGCACCGGCUCCAGAUGCUGAACAAGGCCAAGUAUGGUCCCAUUUGGAUGUCCAGCAUAGGGCCUCGGACGUUUGUGAACCUGGCCAGUGCCCCACUCAUGGAGCAAGUGAUGCGGCAAGAGGGCAAGUACCCAAUACGGAACGACAUGGAGCUAUGGAAGGAGCACCGGGACCUGCACGGUCUGGCCUACGGACCCUUUACCACGGAGGGACAUGAUUGGUACAAGCUGCGCCAGGCUCUGAACCAGCGGUUGCUGAAGCCAACUGAGGCUAUGCUCUAUACGGAUGCUCUCAAUGAGGUGAUUGAUGACUUUAUGAUUCGACUGGACCAGACUCGAGCACAGAGUGCUUCGGGAGACCAUGUGCCCGACAUGGCUCACUCCUUCUACUACUUUGCCUUGGAAGCUAUUUGCUACAUCCUGUUUGAGAAACGUGUGGGCUGCCUGGAGCAGUCGAUCCCUGAGGACACCGCCACCUUCGUCAGAUCUGUUGGGCUCAUGUUCCAGAACUCGGUCUAUGCCACCUUCCUUCCCAAGUGGACCCGUUCCCUGCUGCCCUUCUGGAAGUGGUACCUGGAUGGUUGGAACACCAUCUUCUCCUUUGGGAAGAAGCUGAUUGAUCAGAAACUCAAGGAGCUGGAGGCCCAGCUACAGACAGCGGGGCCAGAUGGGGUCCAGGUGUCUGGUUACCUGCACUCUCUGCUGACCAGCGGGAAGCUCAGUUCUCGUGAUGCCUUGGGCAGCCUGCCUGAGCUGCUCCUUGCUGGAGUGGAUACGACAUCCAACACGCUGACAUGGGCCCUGUACCACCUCUCAAAGAACCCAGAGAUCCAGGCGGCCUUGCAUGAGGAAGUGGUGGGCGUGGUGCCAGCUGGGCAGGUGCCCCAGCACAAGGACUUUGCCCACAUGCCCUUGCUCAAAGCUGUGCUUAAGGAGACUCUGCGCCUCUAUCCUGUGGUCCCCACAAACUCCCGGGUCAUCAUGGAGAAGGAAGUUGAAGUUGGUGGCUUCCUAUUCCCCAAGAACACCCAGUUUGUGUUCUGCCACUACGUGGUGUGCCGGGACCCCAGCACCUUCUCUGAGCCUGAGAGCUUCCAGCCCCACCGCUGGCUGAGGAACAGCCAGCAUGAUAGCUCCAAGGCCCAGCACCCCUUUGGCUCUGUGCCCUUCGGCUAUGGGGUCCGGGCCUGCCUGGGCCGCAGGAUUGCAGAGCUGGAGAUGCAGCUACUGCUGGCAAGGCUCAUCCAGCACUACGAGGUGGUCCUGGCCCCGGAGACAGGGGAGGUGAAGAGUGUGGCCCGCAUCGUCUUGGUUCCUAAUAAGAAGGUGGGCCUGCGUUUCCUGAAGAGACAGUGCUGAGCUGGGCCCCUGCAUUGUGGGGCUUGUCCCAGAGGCUCCAGCCCUGGCACAGUAGUUCCUGGCCACUGCCAUGUCUCAAAGAGGGAGAGAAAGAGGUUGCCAGAUUCAAGAGGCUGGAUGAACUCAGUGUACUUGCCCAGAACCCUGAGCUUUUGUCACAUUUAUUUUUUCGAGCAACUCCCUCUCACACAAAAGGCCACCCUCUUAUCACAUUGCUUGUCCUUGGGCACAGUAUAAAAUAAAGGAACUUUUAUUAAUUAUUGGA